AUGGCCCUCUCCCGGAUGCCACGGUUCGCCUGGGGCUGCUCUUCCAGGCCAGUGGCUGCUGCCAGAUACAGGGCUCCCGCUCCCGUGUUGAUAAACGCAACACAAACUACCUGCCCAAGGCAGCUCUGCCUGGGUGCUUCACUGCGCGAGAGCAAAAACCUGCGGGUGCUGGCCUUGCAGAUAAACACAACACAAACUACCUGCCCAAGGCAGCUCUGCCUGGGUGCUUCACUGCACGAGAGCAAAACCUUGCUGGUGCUGGCCUUGCGGAUAAAUGCAACACAACCUACCAACCCAAAGCAACUCAGCCUGGGUGCUUCACUGCACGAGAGCAUACCCCCUGGGGCUGGCCUUGCGGAUAAAUGUAACACAAACUACCGGCCCAAGGCAGCUCUGCCUGGGUGCUUCACUGUCCGAGAGCAAAACCUGCUUGUGCUGGCCUUGUGGAUAAACACAACUCAAACUACCGGCCCAAGGCAGCUCCGCCUGGGUGCUUCACUGUCCGAGAGCAAAACCUGCUGGUGCUGGCCUUGCAGAUAA